AUGGACCAUCUAAAGGAACAGAGUAAGAAGGCCAGCGACAAGCUUGAUGAUAUCGCCAAGAAGACACGAAAGGAACUUAAGAGGACUAGCGAUAAGCUUGAUGAUAUUGCCGAGAAGACACGAAAGGAGCUUAAAAAGACCAGCAAAAAAGCACAAGAGAGUAUUGAUAAAGUUACGAAACAAGGCAAGGAAGCCUCUGCGACUGCCACCAAUGCCUUCAAGACGUCGGCUAAGGAUGCUUUCUACAUCGACGUUAAUAUAGACAAGAACAAGAAUAAAAGUUCGAGAUCUCGCCGUAAGGACUCAAGUGAUACAGACAGUGAUGAGGAGGACGGCCUGCUGGACGACAUUGGCGAUGAACUUGACCAGCUCACGCUCAAUCAGCGUGCAUUGGGUGCUGUCGGAUGCUACGUGCUUAGCGGCUUUUUUGUCUUUGUCGCCACCUUGAUGUUGCUUACAGGCGUGCACCACGUGCGCUCUUAUGCGCUUUUCUAUUCACUCAGCAACAUCGCCACCUUCUGCAGCCUCAUUUUCAUCAUGGGCCAAGACCGUCUGACCAAGCGGAUGCUCUCGCGUAAGCGAAGCUUGUCGGGUCGUGCCUGGCUAGCUUCACUGGCACUAACCCUUAUUGUGGCUAUGUUUUGGCCCCGUCAUUGGUUUUCUGUCCUCGUGCUCCUGCUCCUGCAGUUUGUAAGCAUGGUUUGGUACAGUGUGUCGUACAUUCCCUUCGGCCGCAAAUUUCUGCACAAGUAUAUGGCCAGGAAAGUCAUUAUCGUGGACGCUAUGGAUGGCAAGAUUGACGGUAAGUAA